AUGUUAAAUUUAUUUGUAAAUAUUUUUAUUUUUUUGCAAAUAGUGGUAGUCAUUGAUGCUUCAGUUAGUUUAUCGACCAACAAACAGAAUGAUGAUUUUUUGCAAGCUUACGCUGACAAAAACGCAAAGAAAACUGUAGAAAAAGACCCACGAAAAUUGGAAGAUUCUCAAAUGAACUCAACCAACUUUGAGAUAAAAGCAGUGCAAUCGAAAUGUUUGAAAAAAAAACCGUGUAAAUGUGAAAACUCCUUUCAAUGUGAUACAAAGGAAGAAUUUUUAUUGAAUAAUGAUGCACGGAGUAAAUAUGAGGAGCAAGCAGACGAAGCCACUCUGGAAAAUUGCUACAAAAAAAUUUCUUUUAUUUUAAAAAUCAAAAACAAGGGCAUUACGAAUUGCAAUCCCCAAUAUAUAGUCAUUGACCACAUUUACGAUUCUAUGACUGGCUAUAAACAAACCCUGCUCAAUCCUUAUGUAUUGAAAGUAACACAACAACCCGUAUAUCAAGAUUACGAGUUGACUUAUGAACAUAUCAUUAACGCAGGACCAACUGAAAAAGUAGUCAACAAAAAAAAUGCAGGCUUUUUGGGAUGUAAUUCAGAUUCAAUUAAACCCAUAUGUACACAACAUAACAUCGAAGAAGUUCCAUACAAUACCGGCUACUGUUGUUCCUGCUUGUCAAAUAGAAACGCAUUCGAGGAAAAAUCCAUGGAAGAGGCCAACGAAUUAUUGACUUUACCUUUAAUCGAAGAUAAUCCUAAUUUGGACUUGAAGAAAAUCCCCGAUAUUAACUUGGAACCAUCUCACCUUUUUAAACGUGUCGCUCAAGAUUGCGACGGCGAAGUGCCUCCAAACGCUGAUCCAAAAACGUUUCACGACAGCGCCCAUUGUCUGGAAUUUUCAGGAUUGUGGUACUCGAUUUAUAGAAUCGGUCGUCCACAAAUAGAACAUUCAAUAAAAAUAGAAAUUUUUGAAAAAAUGGGCUGUGACGAGGAUGGUCCUUUGUGGAACAAAAUAACAAAAGGUGGUUUUCCUAUAUCUAUUGGAACUGGUAAUACACGUUAUAAUAGUGCUGAUAAGAAAAUUUUAGCCUAUUACGAGGUUCAUAAACAAACGGAAAAUGAUUUUGAUUUGGAAUAUAAAACCCAUAUGUUGUUGAUACCUGAAAGUGCCGAUAAACAAGAAGAUUAUCAAGAAAUGCUUGGAGGAGCUGAAGAGUAUUUGGUGGUUCCAGAAAAAGAUAUUGAUAUAAGUGGAAAGACGUGUAACAAAGCUGGUGUAGGUUAUGAAGCCUUUAUGGAACAGCCAAAAAAAUGCGAUAAUGUUCCUAAUUCAUGCUUGAAAAAUCAGCCAAGUCAUAUGUGGAAGCACGAUCAUGACUUGGAAGCUAAUGGCAAAAAGGGCUGUUAUUUUCUCAAAUAUUUUGGUUGUCUUCCUGAAAAUCCUGUGAGAAUAAAACCGUGCAAUAGCAGCAAGAAAAUUCAAGAAAAACGUCUUUAUAUGAACUAUUUGCCUUGUGUAAUGAGCAUAGUUAAUGUUGAAUUUGCAGCUGAUAUGAAUACGGCGUUAAAGCCUGAUUCAUUAGCAAUUAUUACAGAAGCAUACAUGGAAGUUUUAGAUGGAAAAAAAGCUACAAUAACAGCCAAAAUUUUCAAUUCUGGUUUAAUAACAAGUAUAUUUUAUGUAAGAGUCAGUACUUGUCCCAUAGAAUUACCUGCAAGUUUUAGCAGUCUAGCUACUCAGCCUGUACUGAUAGCUCCUCAACAUCAUCAUAUAUUUACUUUGGAAAUUUAUUGCGAACUGCCAAUUAAAAGCUUCUAUUGUUCUUUAGAAGCAUUCAAUAUGAAUCAGCAACUAGUUGCUAUAAGAAGAAUUAGAUUUGAAAAAUAUGACAGAUGUAUUUGUGUAUGGCAUUGUCAAUGUACGUGUUUUCUUGCAGAUUCUGGCUUAAAAUGCAUUUCUUUGGAACUACAGCAAUAUCAUGCUGCAGGAUUUCAGGGAGGAAUGCCGACGCCAACUAAAGUAAUUAAUUAUUCAGAUUUGGAUGAUAAUUUAUCGCUAAUUCUUCAUAUAAUUUUGUACUUUUGCCUUACGCUUUGGUAUAUGGGACUUUUCAAAGCGAUUCUGGGAUAUUUUAUAUUGCCCAUUGGACUAUGGGGGUUAGACCUAAUCUUGGAUCUACCCAAGAGGCUUAAUUAUUAUUAUGAGAAGGAAUUGAAGGACGAAAAAGUUGUUUAUGAUUGUGACGGUUGGCCUGUUCAUCCAGAAACAGGCAAAAAAGUUAAUAAUAUGGCACCGCCUACGCAAUUCGCUAUGAAUAUGGUGUUCUUUUUCGUUUACCCUUUUGCAUUGCUUUGGAAUAUGUGCAAAAAUAUUUUGGGCCCUAAAACUGUAACCAGCACCAGUGAUUUGGACAUAUGCCAAUGUAAGGCCAGCCAAAUUAGUCUAGUGGAAAAUCGUGGCUUACAAAACAGUUUAACGAAAAAGAGCAGCAGCGAAAUUGGAAGGAGAAAUCAGAAAGUUGAUUUGAAGGAUUCCGAUAGAGGACAGUUUAGUAAGAAUAUUGAUGAAGAGGAUGACAAUAAAAAGAAAAAGAGUGGAUGUUUUCCUAGGCGAUCGAAACAUUAA